AUGAUCCAAACCGCGCACACCGCGCGGUCUCGUCCCGUCGCCGCGCAUCGUCGAUCGCUCACGGGCUCGCUCGCGCGCAAGGCGCGCGCGGUCCGCGGUUGGCACACCAAAGCCACGGGCGACGACAACCGGGACGUGCCCGGCGGGCUUCUGGCCGGGGGUCUGAAGAACGCGCUGGGGUUCUUCAAGGCUCGGAUGGACGAGAUGAUGGAGGACGAGGAGGAGGCUUCGGUGACGCGCGUGGUGCAGCGCUCGCGCGACGACGACUCCGUCGCGUCGUGGUCGAUCGACCUCAGCGUGUUCCUGAGGGAACCCACGACGCCGCUCUCGGCGAAGGCUGCCGCGCGCGUGGAGCGCGUCUCCCUCGGGAUGGAGUGCGAGUUCGCGGAGAGGGACGCGGGGGUGUACCCGAGCAGGGGCGGCGCGGGAGUGCGGGGCAGCAGGUACUUCGUCGACGACGGUCUGAGCGAUCCGUCGGGUGCCGACGCCACCCCGGGGUUCUUCUGGCUCGCGGACGAGCCCGGGUACUUCAAGUUCACCCUGCGACUGAACGAGCCCGUGGUGGCGUCGGGCCGCACGGUGCUCCCCGCGGGGGACGUCUACUUCAACGCCAAGAUCGACGACGAGCGGCGCGGCGGCGGCGACACAGCUGGCGACGGAGGAGGUGAAAAAAAGUCGGUUCGGAUGACGUCGGGGGUGGCGACGAUCAAGAGGGACGUCAAGGCGUCGUUCCUCGGCGCGGACUACAGCGGGAUAAUGGCGGAGUACAUCGUGGUGGGCACGUUCACGGGCACGAGGCGGAACUGA